AUGUUUGCAUUAACCUAUCAACACGUCUAUUAUAGCAAUAAUUUGCUUGCUGUGAAGUUGAUAAACUCUAGAGACGCUAUUACUGCAGCAUUGCUGACAGAGGGGAGAAGGAGAGAGACCUACACUAAGGACUACAAGGCACUUGCAUCUUUAAGGACCGCCAUACUACAAGCCAAAAUCACUGCAGUAGAAAUACAGGAUGCAGACUAUAACUACACCAUCCAAGUACAAGGCGUAGCUCCCGUCUUAGAACUCCUAGAGUCCAAGGAGAGUUAUAUUAGAGGCAAUUCUAGUGCCUGUGUCUUCAACCUAGGGGGAAGGGCCGUCGCCAUGGUCACAGGAGGAAUAACACAGGACGACGUGCUUGCAGGGGGGGAUAACUUCAAUCUGGAUCGUCUGAUGGAUGUCACCUAUGCUACGCCUAUAGAACGGCUUCUAGAGGAUACAGAGGAUUGCAGGCUGUUGUUAGAGAUUAUUUAA